UCGGCGUCAGUCGGCCGCGCUCGUCGAAGUAGGCUGGACGGAGAGUCCGGUGCGCGCGCGGAACGGUGAAAUCGGACCAGUCGGUACGUCGCGGAAGAGUGCGUAGCCAUUGUUGGUGCUGCGAUCGUUAGUUUCUAGAUCCGAAGAUCGUCAUGGGCACGGAGAGGCUUGCUACGACCGCGCUGGGCUUCACGGUUAUGUCGGCGAGCCGCGCCACGAGCCACUGAUACGAUAUUCGUUGCGAUGUUGCUAAUGUUGCGAGUCUUGACUGGAGGUACGGAGUGUCACUGCAGUAUACAGGGCUGACACUCGAAGUACUACCAUUUGGUAGGCUUGAGUAGUGUUAUGCCUCCUCGGCACCAAUCUUCCUGGUUGCAGCGUGAUCGCCUUGGCGAGCGAUUAAUGAGCUACCGCGCUCGAUUCAGAAUCUAUACUUGGCAUCUCAAUUGUUGAUGAAGCCUCAUAGCGUCAAGCAUCAACGUAAGGCAGUUACCUGCUGCAUAGCAUUUAUGUAUCAUAUAUGUCGGAAAGUCUCGAAGUCAGAAUGCAGCAGGUGGACAACAUCUCGCAGAACAAUUCUUUAGAUGUGGAGGAGCGAGAAAGGCUGUGUAAUAUACCGAAGACGAGCGCACCUGGUAAGGCCUCGACUACACCAGCGAGUCCUCCAAAGGAACCGCCUCCGCGCGAUGAACCACGCCUGGAGCCUGUAAACGGCAUUGUUCAACCGCCGGUCGUUCCACCACCGAAUCGUCCAGGUCGUAUUACAAAUCAACUGCAAUUUUUACUGAAGGGUGUCCUUAAACCAGUAUGGAAGCAUCAAUUUGCCUGGCCCUUCCAACAACCUGUAGAUGCGAAGAAGCUCAAUUUACCAGACUAUCACAAAAUUAUCGAGAGACCUAUGGACUUGGGCACAAUCAAAAAGAGAUUGGAGAAUACUUAUUACUGGAGUGGGAAAGAAUGUAUUCAGGAUUUCAAUACGAUGUUUACCAACUGCUAUGUCUACAACAAACCUGGAGAAGAUGUUGUAGUCAUGGCACAAGCUCUCGAAAAGUUGUUUCUUACAAAGGUUGCACAGAUGCCAAAAGAAGAAGUGGAAUUGGAUCCACCAUUACCCAAAGGUCCCAAGGGUAAAAAGGCUGGCAGAGUCAGUGGUUCAGCCGGUGGAGUUGCAGGAGGUACAGGUCGAGGACGACCUGCUUCAGGUGCAGCUGCCGUUACUUCUAGCGUACCUAACAGUCUAGCGCCUUCUGCUGCAGCAGCUAGGACAACAGGUGUCAUACCUAUGCCACCUCUUGGCACCCAGGCACCGGUGUCAGUACCUGGAAGUACGAACACAACCACCAUCGCUCCACCGGCAAGCAUGGGCGUUGCGCCGAUGGCCACUCAUAACUCUCUGCCUCAACAAGUUGUCCCCCCGACCACAGGUUACCAUGCACAGCCAGCGUUGGAUCCGCAGGCAACUUCGGCUGUACUCCCACCUCCUCAAGUUCCCACGGCACCUGCUGUCAUGCCUCCGUCGCAACCCGCCAAACUUAAAAAGGGAGUGAAAAGAAAGGCUGAUACCACAACACCCACAGCGAAUUCGUUUGAACCUAUGUAUGCGCCCAUGGAUUCUAAGAACGCCAAAAUACCUACAAGAAGAGAGUCGGGCAGGCAAAUUAAGAAGCCAACGAGGCAAGCAGAAGAUGGUUUAGUGCCAUUCCAUCAGACCAAUAUGCCUCUGAUGGGGGCAAUGGCACAACAGCCACAACAUGCUGGUAGCAAAUCAAAGGAAAAAUUGUCUGAAGCGUUGAAGUGUUGCAAUGACAUCUUGAAAGAACUUUUCUCCAAAAAGCAUUCGGGUUACGCAUGGCCGUUCUAUAAACCGGUUGACGCAGAACUUCUAGGCCUGCAUGACUAUCAUGAUAUUAUCAAGAAACCUAUGGAUCUUGGCACUGUGAAGUCGAAAAUGGAUAAUCGUGAAUACAAAACUGCACAAGAAUUUGCGAGUGACGUACGGCUUAUAUUCACCAAUUGCUACAAGUACAAUCCUCCAGAUCAUGAUGUCGUUUCGAUGGCUAGGAAACUUCAAGAUAUUUUCGAAAUGAGAUAUGCAAAAAUUCCGGACGAGCCGAUAGGUGGCAUGGUGGCAAUGAAAGGCACUAGUAGUAGUGCUAGUAGUACUGGCGAAGAAGAUUCCUCCGAUAGCGACGAUUCUGGCGAGGAAUUACGCAAUCAAAAGUUGAUCGCUUUAGAGCAAGAGUUGAAGGUUAUGCAAGAAGAAAUGAGGAAAUUGGUGGCAGAGAGCGGCAAAAAGAAGAGUAAGAAGAAGAAAUCUGAUAAGACGAAAUCAAAGCCGAUGAGCAAUAAGAGUAGUAGCCUUGUUGCCAGUCAUACGGGUGCCAUGAAAGAACUGAUGAAACCAAGCGGCGGUAUCCCCAGUGUCACAGAUAGCGUUGGUGCUAGUAUAGCCAGCGUCGCGAUGGGUGCAGGCGAUUUGAAGAUGCCCGGCGGCAUGGGUAGUGAUCUCCAUCAUUCGGCUAUAGCAGUAGGUCCUAACAAGACCCAUGCGGCCGGAAAUUUGAGCCAUCACAUGCCACCAGCAGCAACGAAUGCUAAGCCGAAAGGAAAAGGCCGAGGACCUGGAAAAGCUGCGGCUGCGGCGACUACUGGGACUAAAAGGCCAAAGGCUAAUAGUAGAUCUACUGGAAACAAGAAGAAGAACGCUGGAAAUCAACCGCCUCCGAUGGCAUUCGACUCGGAGGAUGAGGACAACGCUAAGCCUAUGUCUUACGAUGAGAAGAGACAGCUCAGUUUGGAUAUCAAUAAACUACCAGGUGACAAAUUAGGUCGCGUUGUACAUAUAAUACAAUCGCGGGAACCCUCAUUAAGGGAUUCGAAUCCAGAUGAAAUUGAGAUCGAUUUUGAGACGCUGAAGCCAUCGACGCUUCGUGAACUGGAGAGCUACGUUGCAUCAUGCCUGAGAAAAAAGCCACAUAAAAAAGUCAGCGGUAAGUCCAAGGACGAGCAGAUGGCAGAGAAGAAACAAGAAUUGGAGAAAAGGUUACAGGAUGUGACAGGGCAAUUGGGCAAUGUCAAAAAGACUGCCAAGAAAGAGGACAGCAAUAAAUCAGUUGAUGUAGUUGGGACUGGUGGUGCGACUGGACCUUCGCGGCUGUCGGCAUCGAGCAGUAGUAGCAGUGACAGUGAUUCUAGCAGUAGUUCGCUUUCCUCAAGCUCCAGUGACUCAAGUGACAGCGAAGCAGGGAACUCCUCCAAUCGUCCGCCUAGAAAGAAGGCAAAAAAGAAUGCACCAAGUACAGGACCAGCUUCAACGGCUGCCACCGUUCCACCAGCACCUACAUUGAAUCAUACUGGAGCUCUCUUAAUGAAUAGUCAACCAUCAACAAACGCUACGGGACCAAUAGCGAAGCCGACUGUAACCCAACCGAGCAAUAUUCCUCCAGAACAAGGAGGUAAUAAUCAACAACCUAUCGCAGUGGCCGCUGUUACAGUGGCGCAAGGUAUGCCGGUUGUGAGUCACGCGUCCAUGCCGGCGCAACCAUCGCGACCAACAGCUAUGGCUACAGCUGCCCCUGUAAAAAAGCCGACGCCGCCACCCCCUGCGACGUCCAAUCCCCCAACACCGUCUGUUUCUGUGCCGACCCCGCCGCACAGCGUCACACCGACGAAUACGAAUUCCAUGACAGCCUCGCCAGCUGUCUCGCAGCAGCCACCGCAGCAGCCACCGGCGUCUAUUAGUUCCUUUUCAAGUGCGAAUACACCCGUGUCCAUAGACGGGACGAACUUGAGUCAACAGUCCGACCUUAUGCAACCGUACAACACUUUAGCUGCUGUUCCAACCACGCAGCCAUCGUUAGAUCCAUCGCUUUCAGUUAAGAAAGAGUCGCAAUUUAUUCAAACGUCUCACGCGACCAACAAUACCAAUAACAACAAUACCAAUUUGAAUUUAUUACCUGAGGUGAAACCCGUGAACAUAAUGCCAAAUAUGGCUUCUAAUCUGAACCUCGGUAACAUCAAUAUGGCAAAUUUGAACUUGCCACAAGGACUCACGGCGCACAUGUCCAUACACAACCAAUUGGAGGGCAUAAUCAAUACACCAUUGGGCACCAUACAGAACUCCCACAAUGUCACGAUGUCGCAACAGCAUUCCAACGGGUUUCCGAACAUAAAGCGCGAUACCUCGCCGCCCAACAUGCUGAACAACAACGGCAUUCCGGGAAUGAACAUGGGAAUCAAUAUGGUGGGUAAUGUGGCAUCGAUAUUCGAAUCCAUCCCUAUGGUGGGCAGCAUACCGAUGCAGAUUCCGCAGAUUCCUCUUAAGAAGGAAGAGAAGUCCUUGCCUAUUUCUCAGCCUCAACUGACGCAGAAGACUAUAGAUGCAGGAGCUCUUUUUACAGAAAUGAACACUUUAGGAAUGCCACCGAUGGGCAACAAUCAUACCACUUCUCAACUGAUGCCCGAAAAGAAAAUGACUCCACCUGAUUCGAAGACUACCGCCAACUUCGCGACAGCCUUCAAAAAUAAGACUGUGGAACAAAAUGUGAAGAAUGCUUCGUCAUGGUCUUCCCUGGCUCAAGCAUCGAGUCCUCAAUCGUCGGCUGCAGGUAGCAGUAUGAAAAGCUCUGCAACUCGAGACUCGUUCCAAGCAUUCAAGAAACAAGCGAAAGAGAAACAAGAUCGACAAAGGGCACUUCUGGAACAACAGGAGAUGCGUAGGCAACAACAGCAGAAAGAGCAGGCGGAGCGCGAGAGAUUACGGCAGGAGAACGAGAGAAAACGAGAACGGGAGGAGGAGGAUGCUAUGGACAAAGCCAGGAAAAACGUUGGAGAUCAACCAGGCAACACAAUGACCGCCACAACGAGGACGGAAGAAGUGAGAGCUAUCGCGGAUACGGACAGCAGCAGCCCAAGUCAUUCAUCCAGUCAGGACAGAGCAGCCGCCGAAAGAGAACGUCAGAGGCUACGGGAACAAGAGCGACGGCGGCGCGAAGCAAUGGCUGGACAGAUUGAUAUGAACAUGCAAAGUGACUUGAUGGCUGCGUUUGAAGAAUCUUUAUAAUAUUAUUAUUUGCUGUUCGUAAUAAACUUUGUCGAAGCCUGGAAACAUCGGACUUUUUAUAUUUCACAAAUUCUGGGUAGUGCAGUUUCGUUGUAGUAUAUAAGUAUGCGUAAAUGCGCGAGAAAAACAUGCGCGUUUAAACGACGAUAGACGUUUUGAUAAGGGCUAAAUAAUUUGACAAACACAACACGAUUUAUGCAAUCGAUGUUGCGGGUAGGUACAAACAGUUGGUGUGAUUGGGACAUUCCAACAGAAAGCCCAAAUUCAAUCGUCCGCUACGAACUCCGCUACGAACUAAGCUAAUUUUCGUAAUAAUCCUCGUCAUUCGUAAUCGUUAGCUACGUAACACAAUCGUUAACUACACAUGUUCUCACUUAUAUUGAUAGUUGUUGCUUUUAUUCCCAAAUUUACGUUAAAUAUACGCUGCCUAUACCGAGAACCGAAAAAUGUAACUUAAGUCUGUAUAGAAUUUUCGAGAUAUAUAUUUUGUAAAUAUAUUUUUUGUUUUUAGCUAUGCGACUAAAAACUACGAAUGACGAGGAUUAUUAUGUAUCGAAAGAUUAAGCGCAUCGAUGGACCCUAACCUGUGACCACAAACCCAAGAUAAAAUAAAUCAUUACAACAUUUCAGAACUUCUAUACUAACUUCCGUUACAUUUUCCCGAUUUUCGUAAAUUUGUACUUUAUGUAAAUUUAAAAACGAAAGCAAAUACUAUCAACGUAAGUGAGAACAUGUGGAUAACGAUCAAGUGUGUUCGAUUAGGAUGCGUUGGGAUGCGUGUGUGUACAUGUGUAUGUAUACAUUUCUGUGCGUGUAUAUGCGGGCGUGUUCAAGCAGAUGUAUAAGAAUCCGUGUAUAUUUAGUUAAGUUUUAUAUUUUUCCAUAUUAUGCCACAAAACUCUAAUAGGAUUAUGAUAGAGAGAAAGGCAUAGUAUUUCUGCCAAUAUCAAAUAAAAGUGUACAUAUGAUUGG